UAAGGAUCAGAUACGAAGAUAUGCGAAGUGCUUGUGAUGCUCAGCACGAAGAAGUAGCGGCACUGCGCAGGGAUGUACGCAUUACCACCACCCAAGCCCGUUGCUCUUGUUGUAGGAGAUGGAAAUGGAGAGAGAUGCGUUGCUACAUGAGAUAACGAGAAUGCAGAAGGACGUCAAGGGGCUGAAAGCAGUCCAGAAUGCUCUCAAGUGCGAGCAUCAGGAGCUGUGUCAGAUCAAGCACAAAGCUGACGAGCUGGCAGUUCUUAACUUCGAGCUAGAAAAUUGCAUGGAUGGCGUGAACAAAGAUCUCGAGAGAACAAACCAGGAUGUGAUCAUUUUCCGGCAGAAAAUGACCGAGUCGAGUAUCGAGGCCAGAAAGAAUGCAAAACAAUUCAAGGAGCUGGAAGAACACACUGAAGCCUUGAAGAGGCUCCUUGCAGACGAAAGGUCCGAGCGACGGGGUCUAGACAAGGAGCUCGCAGGCUUGGAGCUGCAGCUUAAGAAGGCUGAGAAGGAGCUUACUGCGAAGGGACUCAAGAAGCCGGCUUCUCCGAAGCCGAAGCCGAAGCCCAGAGAGAAAAUCUGGGAAGUGACAAGCCCUGGGAAAGGAGGAACUUCUCCGCGUUCACCUAGGAAAGAUCAAGACGGGAAGCUGGAUACUCCGAAAUCAAAAGGUGGCAAGCCCGGUGGAAAAGGUGGUGAUGCUGCCGCUGCCGCUGCUGCUGCUGCUAGUGCAGCGUCAUUCAAGGCAAAGAAUACUUCUGCAAGGCUGUUUGGAGCUCUCUCUAAAACAGAACCAAGGCCGGGAGGUGCUGCGCUCGAGGACAGGGCCGGGGGAACGUUUAAGAAACAGGCAUCCAAAGCUUCUGGCACUGACUCGAGGCAAACUAGUCCGGAAUCGUUCAGGAAAAAGACCUUCAAGGAAGGCACUGCUGCUUUUGAGUCGCAGGAGACAAUGCGUAAGAAGGCUGAAGCACUCCAACAAAAAUCACUCAAGGAGGCUGAAGCACUCAAACAAAAAUCACUCAAGGAGACUGAAGCACUCGAACAAAAAUCACUCAAGGAGCCUGAAGUACUCAAACAAAAAUCGCUCAAGGCCGUUGCACUCUCCAAAGCUUCCGAGAGGCCUCAAAGUACUGACGCGCUCAAGAAAGAAGCUUCCAAGGCUGCGAGGCCAAAGGCUGCCGAACCCACGAGUAGAUCCACCAGUCCGAGUGCUACGCCAGGAAAAGCCGAGAAAGCUUCUGCGGGGAAAUCCAAAGACAAGGCGGCUGACAAGAAGACGGAGCCGGGUCAAGGUGGCAAGCGCGGAGCAGGCUUGAAAGAGGAAACAAAAGGAACGAAAGACGAAGCAAAAGGAACGAAAGGAGAUGUUUUGCAAGCGCAGAAGGAAAGACAGCGGCUGGAAACGGAGCUAGCUGCAAAGAUGGAAAAACAGAAGCGGGAGAUGGAGCUAGCGGCGAAGCAAAGAGAAAUGGAGCUAGCUGCGAGGCUGGAGAAACAGCAAAAGGAAAUGGAGCUCGCUGCAAAGCAACGGGAGAUGGAGUUUCUGGCGAAGCAACGAGAGCUGGAAGCUGCUGCUGCUAAGCAGCGGGAAAUGGAAGCUGUUGCCGCUGCUGCUGCUGCCAAGCAACGGGAAAUGGAACUGGCCGCCGCUGCUAAGCAACGAGAGAUGGCGGAGCUAGCUGCAGCAAAAGGAUUGAAGCUCAAAGCCGAGUCCAGGGACGAGGCAUGCCAGACCUCCGAGACAGCGGACUCUUACGACGAGUUGAUGCGAAAGAUGCGUAAGCUGGAGGACGAGCUAGCCUCGCACAGGUCACGGGAAAGCUCUCCAGGGCCGUCUUCUACUCCGCCACCUUCGAGGGCAUUCACGAAGAAACUCACCAUCAAAGUCGAUGACAAGCAGAUGGAUCGAAAGCUGACGAAGAAGGCGACGGUGAAGAAGCCGGAUGUCGCUCCCGCCACUCCGGGUACUCCCAGGAAGAGCAAAGUGGCGUCGACUCCGGCAACUCCGAAAGAGCCAGAGCGAAAGCCCGAGCCGCCAAAGCCAGAGCCAAAGAAGCCGGAGCCAGUGCCAAUAACAGUGCCAGUUCCAGAGCCAGAACCCGUCCGCAAGUAUCCAGCGAGACAAAUUCGUCGGCAAAUCCUCAUGGCGGAUCAAGACUUCGCCGAGGACACGAAGCAGAUAACCGGCCCAGCGGAUGCACCCAGGCCCAGGAGCGUCAUGUUUGAGAGCUCGAGCUUCAACGUCUUGCUGGCGGAGCCCAGCACGGAUCCUCUGAUUGAAACGCAGGCACCGAACGAGUAGAAACAAGAACCAUCUACGUUC